GUGAGGCCGCUGACAGGCUCAGUGGCAGGGAGCUGAGACAUCUGUUGUCCACGCGCUGCCUGCCUUCCUGCCUAGGAAAGGCCUCUCAUGUCACGGGAGCAGCAGUGGCCUUGUUUGGCCAGGGAUGCAGGACCCUGGCAGGCAGUCAGGCAGUCUAGUGGAGGGGUGUGUUGAGAAGAGCCCCUCUUUUGUCCCACAGAGUUGCAGGGCAGCAGCUCAGGCCCGAGGAGCCAAGAUGACUGAGCCUGGGUUUGGGUGGAAUCUGGGAGGAUUUACAGGGCUGGGGAGGCACAGGCCACAGCUUGCCCAGCAGGUACCUGAGGGGCAAGUCUGCAGGCCUCGGGAUGUGUGGGAGUGUCCUGACCAAGGGGGCUGAAGGUCCAGGCCUACCCUGUACCCAGCAGGAAACCUCAGCCUCAUGCAGACAGGGCCGAGGUGCUGCUACCAGGAACCCUCAGCGAUCCCGAAAAACACCAUCCAGGGCCCCUUCCUCACAGACAAACUACUGCCUUUCCUGAGUCCAAUGUGCCGGGCCUCGGCCUAACACACACUGGUACCAGUGCCUCUGUGGGGCCCAGGCCCUAACAAGCAACACUGUACACCCGGCCUCCUGUGGAGGUCUCACUUGCCCCCAGAUGUCUCAGUUGGUCCACAAGGCAGCCCUUCAGAGGACUCCCUCUGACCUCACAUUGUAGAUGGGGCCCCUGGGGCUCAGAGAAGUUAGGUUGACGUACCCAGGGAAGCAGGGUGAGAACAGGAAUUCAGGCCCGGGGAGAGCUUGGUGUGCCCAUAUGGACGACAGCAUCCUCUGUGGUUCCCAGGCCACCACUGCAUCGGGCAGGGUGGCGCAGGGGCUGAUGUGCAGCUCCUACAGGUGGCGGCCGACUCACACUCCGGCCUCCCCCAACCUCACUGCACCCAUCUCUUUCCCUGUGUUUAUUCUUCACUCUGGUGUAGUUAGAGGGAUCAGCUUGGAUUCAGCUCUGUCCUGUGACUUCCUGCUUGGAACCUUCCGUGGUUCCCAGCCACCCCAGAGAAGUGCUGGCUCCUUGUCUGGGCCCACAGAGCCCUGAAGAUCUGGUCUCCUCUGGGACAGUCUCUCUUCCUUCCCUCCCUUUUUGCACAGAAGCACCGUAGUUAAGAAUUUAAGUUUGGAUCUGGAGUAGAAUCCUGACUCAGCCAUUUACAGUGUAAAUUGUUUCUCUGUACUUCUCUGGACCUCAAUGUUCUCAUCUAGGAGAUGGGUUUGCCUUGUGAAUUAAUGAGUCAAAGCACAUCAGGGCAGCUGGGAGAGUCAUGGUUUCCUGGCCUCCUGCCCUCCCUGACCAGAACACCCCUGGCUUAGGGGAGCUGGCAGCACCCCAGCCAUCCCUGCUUUCAGGAACCUCCACUGCCCACGGGGACCUGAAUGCACCCCUUGUGCCGGCUGAGCCAUCUCACAGCUAGCUGCCCCUGAGGACGGAGACCUCUUUAGUGGGGGACCAGGGCAAGCCCCGGGGCCCUGAGCCCCUCCUCCUCAUGUGUUGGAUGAGAACAGCCCAGCCCUCCCCAGUGACUGAGGGGUCACUAUGAGCUAGUCAUGGCUGCGGCACCCGCUCUAGCCCCAAGCAGGUAUCAUUGAAGGGCAGGGGCCCAGAGUGGGGCCUUGAGAGGAGGGACGGUGCCCAGCGGCCACCUGCUGCCAGAUGAGCCUGUGCAGGUGCCUCGGUCCUGUGAGUGGACAUUAAUGGUGGGCUGGACAUCAUGCUUGCUGUGAGGACCAUUCCUUGAGCCAGGUCAGCCCGGCAGGGCCCACCAGGCUUGCAGUCAAGGAGCUGCCGGCACCUCAGGUUUUUCACUUGUUGCUGUGAAGAAACUAGCCAGCUGGGCUUCCAGGAACUCGCACUCCUACUGAUAGGAUCGAGAUCAUCGGCAGCCUCUGACCUACAGGAGCAGGACACUGGCUGGAGAGGCUGGGGUGGGGCCGAGACCGAGUGAAGGGGCCACUGUCACCUGGCUCCCCUGCCUGCCUGCCCUGCAUCUCUGUGAGUCCUCACCAGCCCUGCACGGGCCCUGGUCAGAGGAUCAGCAUCGUGAGGGUCUCCAGAUGUGAAGCCCACUGGACUCUGAGGUCCAUGCUGGCAGCAAGGCCGCGCUGGCUGCUCUGUGUCCCGGAGACCUGAUCCAGGCUAUCAAUGGUGAGAGCACAGAGCUCAUGACGCACCUGGAGGCGCAGAACCGCAUCAAAGGCUGCCACGAUCACCUCACGCUCUCUGUGAGCAGGCCUGACAGCAGGAGCUGGCCCGGUGCCGCUGAUGACAAAGCCCAGGCGUACCGGAUUCACAUCGACUCUGAGGCCCAGGAUGGCAGUCCAGUGAGCAGCAGGCGGCCCUCAGCCAGCACCAUUGGGCCGGAAGACAUGAGACCAAGCCUGGGAUGUCCAUACGGGCAGUCACCUCGUCUUCCAGUCCCUCAGAAUGGCAGCAGCAGUGAGGCCUCCCUGCCCGCACAGAUGAACACCCUGCACGUGUCUCCACCCCCCAGCGCUGAUCCAGCCAGAGGCCUCCCACGCAGCCUCGACUGCAGAGUGGACCUGGGCUCGGAGGUGUACAGGAUGCUUAGGGAUCCUGGAGAGCCGUCGACUGUGGAGCCCAAGCAGUCAGGCUCCUUCCGCUACUUGCAGGGCAUGCUAGAGGCCGGCGAGGGCGGGGAGCGGCCUGGACCUGGCGGCCCCCGGAACCUCAAGCCCACAGCCAGCAAGCUGGGCACUCCGCUGAGCGGCCUGCAGGGACUGCCGGGGUGCACACGCUGUGGCCAUGGGAUCGUGGGCACGAUCGUCAAGGCCCGGGACAAGCUCUACCAUCCAGAGUGCUUCAUGUGCAGCGACUGCGGCCUUAACCUCAAGCAGCGUGGCUACUUUUUCCUGGACGAGCGGCUCUACUGUGAGAGCCACGCCAAGGCUCGCGUCAAGCCGCCCGAGGGCUAUGACGUGGUGGCCGUGUACCCCAACGCCAAAGUGGAACUGGUCUGAGCCGCGACCGCCUGCCCCUGCCCGAUUCACUUAAUGCCCCGCGUGCCUGUGUAAAUACAUUUCCCGUUGCCUCUCUAAUAAAGUGCCUUCGCUCAGCCUCGAA